AUGGCGCUUGUGUGGGCGCCUGGGAGCAUAGAGUGGAGGCCCCUGCGCAGGCUGGUCAGGGCCUGCGGCACCUUUGCAGACGCCGCCCUGGCCAGCGUUGCAAGCAGGGUGGCCUUCCAUGCCGUCUCCAGGCUGGCCUCCGACUCGGAGGGCCGCGCCAUCCUGGCUACCGUGGCGGGCGUGGUGGGCGCCUGCCAGGCUGUCAACUCUCCAGGCAAUGCUGUCAAAGUCCCGGCGGUCAGCGCCGAGCUGAUGCCGGCUGCCAAGCCCGCCUCCUUAGCUGCCGCCAUCAACCCGCCCAACCCGCUGCUGGACAUGCUCCUCAUCCUGGCUGGCCACGCUGCCGGCGCCUGGCUGGCCACCGACUGCCUCGGGCUGUUCAGGCAAGCCCAAGCACCCUCGGCGGUGGAGGUGGUGCCCCUGACGGGGCGCCGGCGCUGGAGGGUGGCCAUCAACGCCCCGGCCACACCGACCACUGACGCUCUGAAGGACGAGCUGGCAGACCUGGGCAGGCGCGGCUACGUGUUCUCCCCGCCCGCUUCCCACGUCUCCCAGCAUGCCGCCAGCCUGGGCCAGUCUGUGCUGGCGGCGGCCAGGCAGCUGGUGCAUGAGAGGCAUGCCCCCGACUCCGCCACCGCUACCCUCUUUGACCGCCUGUUUGGGGAGGGCGGCCAGCGCCAGCCUGCCGUCAAGGUGUUUGAGUGGCAGUUUGGCCAGCCGCCUGCCGUGCUGUCGCAUGAACUCAUUGCUGUGAGCUCCCACGAGGGCCAGGAGCAUGGGGAGGCAGGGCUGUGGGGGACGCUCUGCCACGAGUUUGCCCACACCGUGUGCCGCCACCCAGAAGAGUCGGCAGCUCGUGCCACGGAUGGCUAUGGGCGGCUGGGGCCUCUGCAGCUGCUGGAGGCAGCCGGAUACGCCGGAUUUGACACCUGCGCCAGACUGCUGCUGGGCGCCGCCACCGGCGCUGCACCCGACGGCUGGGGGCUGGGUGCAGCCAGGCUGCUGCUGGAUGCUGUGCUGGCCCGCUGGGCGCGCUUCCCGGUGUCUGAAGUGAAGUACUGCCGCGACUCCUCUGACGGGGAGCUGUCUUUCAACAUUCUGCGGGAGCUGGAGGCCGAGAAAGUGGCCUGCCUGCUCCUGGCCAAGUGUGGCCGUGACCCACGGGAGUAUGCUGCACGCUGGGUGCGGGAGGGCACGCCCAUUGAGCAGGUGGCGGCGGGGCUGCAGACCACGGUUAAGAGGAGCAGCGAAGCGGCGCUGCACGCCAUCACCAGCAGCGACAUGACCAAGUAUGGCACCUACCGCUGGCCCAACUGCCCCAAGAUCUCCGAGGCGCUGCUGCAGGUGCUGCCUGAAGCCAUGCACAUCUACGGCAUGCAGGCCGCUGGCUGA